ACCAAUAAUUGGGGUGGAGGCAACCCCCGGCUGGGCGGAGUGUGGAGCUCACCGCGUUCCCGGGUACCUUCGUCCGUGAUACAGCAGUGCAGCCAUGGCAGAGCCGCAGCCCGCGUCGGGCGGCCUUACCGACCAGGCUGCCCUCGGUUGUUGCUCGGACCCGGACCCCAGCACCAAGGAUUUUCUGUUGCAGCAGGCCAUGCUACGAAUUAAGGAUCCUAAGAAGUUUUUGUAUUUUUAUACUAGAGGUCUUGGAAUGACGCUACUCCAAAAAUUAGGUUUUCCCACCAUGAAAUUUUCACUCUAUUUCUUGGCUUAUGAGGAUAAAAAUGACAUCCCAAAAGAUAAAGAUGAAAAGGUAGCAUGGGUGUUCUCCAGAAAAGCUACACUUGAACUGACACACAGUUGGGGCAGUGAGGAGGAUGAGACCCAGAGUUACCACAGCGGCAAAUCAGACCCUCGAGGGUUUGGUCACAUCAGAAUUGCAGUUCCUGAUGUACACGGUGCUUGCAAAAGAUUUGAAGAACUGGGAGUCAAAUUUGUGAAGAAGCCUGACGAUGGUAAAAUGAAAGGCCUGGCAUUUAUUCAAGAUCCUGAUGGCUACUGGAUUGAAAUUUUGAAUCCUAACAAAAUGAUAACUAUUAUUUAGGUCUGUGAGAAUACUGCUUUGAGAUGUCCAUAAAGAUACUGUGGGAGUUAAAAAAGAGAGACAGGGAGUUUGGAUAUAUUCCGAUAACAGAAGCAUCGAGGACUGAUGGUUCAUUGUCUCAAUUCAAAUUAUUCUUAAGUGCAUUUCCCUUCCUGUGUCAGCUGUGCUUUUCACCGACCUGAUCAGUCCCUCUAGUUUUAAAGUAGUGCUUUGCCUU